AUGCCUCCCAUCAUCCACUGCGUUCGCCACGCCCAGGGCCUGCACAAUCUCUGCACAGAGAAUCAUGUCAUCCCGGACCCCUUGUUGACAGAUCUCGGAAACGAACAAUGCGAUCAACUCCGCGCAUCCUUUCCCCGCCACGAUAAGAUCGAUCUCGUCGUUGCCUCUCCCCUCCGCCGCACAAUGUACACAGCUUUGCAAAGCUUCGAGCCCGUCUUCAAGGCCAACCCGGGUAUGAAGUUGAUUCUGUUGCCGGAUAUCCAGGAGACGAGUGACGUUGCUUGUGAUACGGGAUCCGAUCCCAGUGCUUUGAGAAAGGAGAUUGAGGAAAAGGGGCUACCUGUUGAUGCGAGCCUGGUCCAUGAGGGGUGGAAUGUCAAGACUGGUCGCUACGCACCCACCAAUGCUGCAGUCGGAGCACGUGCACGCGACGCCCGACGCUGGCUAAAGGCCCGACCGGAGAAGGAAAUCGUCAUGGUCUCGCACGGCGGUGUCUUGCAUUACUUUACCGAAGAUUGGGAGGACAGCAGUCAGUUCCAAGGAACCGGCUGGGUCAACACAGAAUAUCGCACGUACACUUUCUCAGACCAGAUAGAUCUUGAAGAUCUAGAAGGCAACAAGCUAGACUCGGACAACGCGAGCCUGAUCGAGACGCCCGAGUCCCGCCAGCGCCGCGGCAAGGAGGGCCCGACGGCGGACCGUGAGAAGCAGAAGGAGCUGUAUAAAAAGGGUGUGCAAGGAUGGGAUGACCAGGGGCUGCAGCUCAGUACGGCUGAGCGGGAGGCGGCUAAGAUUCCUGCUGGGAAGGAGGUUGACGGGACUUGCUCUCGCUCUUUUAACAGGUACAACCGUUCAUUUUACUAUUUAAACCGACCAGGUAGACCGGAGGCGCCUUUUAAAGCUGAAUACAAGACCAGAGGUUGGACUGGAUCAGUUUCCACGAAGUUUCAUACCGGCCAGAUGCGUUCGUCUCAUAAUAAGCCGCCCUCAUGUCCAUACAAGCAAACCAGGUCGUACUGGACUAUACUCUUCUGUACUCUUUACAAACCCCAGGUGAGCUUCCCAUCAACCACUCACCAGCUGACAGUCUCGGAUAGGACAUACCUGAUUGCACCCUGA